UAUUAACUAGUUACAAAAGAUAAAAUGUCUACCAAAGAUGAAGACGUUGAGCAGCAUCCUGACGGGAGCACUAGACUAGAAGAAGAAGAAGAGACUCGUGAAGUAUCAGAUGAAAAUAUAGAGAAAUCUGCUAAGGACUACGCGGAGUAUCUUGUCGUUAACAGCAAGCAAGAAAAAGCACAGCUGGACGAGAGGAUUCAAAGUAUUCAUUUCCGCGUUGAAGAGUUUGAGCGUCAGCUUGAAUGGAUGCACCAAAACGUGACCAGCACUUCAGAGAAAGUGUCUGAACUUCACAGCCACACACUAAAACUGAACGACCUCUUCAACAAGAUUGACCAAAUCGAGACGUUUGUUAAUGUUGUUAAUUCCAGUGUUGAGGCUUUGGAGCAGUCCAUCAAUAAAGCAGAGAAAGAUCUUGAACCAAGCAAGUUAAGGAAAGUGAUGUCUGUCAUACCAGGAAUGCGUAAAGCGCAGCCCAAGGAGUCCACAGAGACUUGGCAGCCGCCACAGCUGUUCAAUUCAAAGGAUUACUUUACUCCUCGUCUUAGGAGCUUGGAAGAGACAGAGACACCAUCUUGAAUCUUAAUGGGAGGGACUUUAUCAUUAUUUUAUGGCAACCAUGCAAUUGAAAUUUUAUUAUUAUUAUUUUUGCCGAUUGUCUUAUUAAAAAUGCUUUAAAUUGUAUAGAUCUUCUUUUUUUAUAUUGAGUUUGUUUGGUUGUUGAACUGAGUGCAUUUGAAUUCCAAUCAUUUCUUUGACUCUUGAACUG